UAAAUACAUUUGUUUGCGUGGGAAAGAGUCAAAGAGGCAACUUCUUAAUUUACAUGUAGUUUGUCAUUUUUUAACAACUUCCAUUCUCCGUUUCAUCUUUUCCAUUGCACUCGUGUCACCAUUCCUUUCCCAUUCAUUCUUCCACUCUCACCAUCUCUACAACACCAUAAUUGCAAACAAUAUCAGGACCCUUAACCAUGAUAUCUGAUGAGAAAAAGGUCCAGGCGUUUCGCCUUGUCAGUCCGGAUGGGUCACCCAUUCCAGGAUUAGAUAUCCAAUACAUUGAAAGUCGAUUUGACCAAAGAACACGGCAGUACAUCAUCCUCUGGAAUGACAUUGUAUCUGUCUACAAGGAUGCAAUGUAUUUAAAGAAAGGAAAAGUAACUCUGUCAUUUCUCGCGGACCACAACUUUGUAUAUCUUGAGCCACUCCGAAUCUGUGCAGAACCUGAUAUCGUGUUGGACAUGGCUAUUUCCAUGCAGUCAAACAAUCUAAGAAAGGCAUAUUCAAAUUCAGCUACGGCUCAAAGAGGAAGGAAAGACUCAUCUGCAACAGAACUCUAUGGGGCGAUGACACCUAUUUCUGCCAAAAAAAGCAAUGUCGAUGGCUGCAAAAACCUCAAGGCAGAUGGCACAGCUUCUUCAACAGUAACUGAGGCCCACUCAAAGGAUAUUAUGAAUUAUGAAUUUAUAGCUUCGACAACUUCAACUAUUGAAGAAAAUCCAGAGUUGAUGGCAGUGCCUCUUGGUGGGGAGAUACAGCCAGGAAGCACACUUGAAGGGGAUGCCAGUGCUGAGGUCUAUCUACACCUUAUCCUUAAGAACAAAGGAGAUCCACAGGAUUAUUCGAAAGCCUUUGACUGGUACUACAAUGAAGCCGAUAAAGGAAAUACUGCCGCUUAUUGUAACUUGGGGUACAUGUACUAUCAUGGCAAAGGAGCAUUACAAAAUGAUUCGUAUGCCUUUAGCUGGUUUUGCCAUGCAGCUGAACAGGGAUAUGCUACCGGUCAGAGUAAUCUGGGUUGCAUGUAUGAAUAUGGUAGAGGAACUGAACAGGACUAUUCGACAGCUAUCGACUGGUAUAUCAAAGCAGCCAACCAAGGAAACGCCAUUGCUCAGAGUAAUCUAGCCUACAUGUAUCUUGAAGGCAAAGGAUGUUCACAAGACUACUAUAAAGCUUCCGAGUGGUAUCUCAAGGCAGCCAACCAAAAAAAUGCCGCCGCCCAGAGCAAUCUAGGUUAUCUAUACUUUUAUGGCAAAGGGGUUUCAAAGGAUUAUUCGAAAGCCAUCUACUGGCUUCUCAAGGCGGCCAACCAAGGAAACGCUGCCGCUCAGAGUGAUUUAGGUUACAUGUACUCUCAUGGCGAAGGAGUUGAGCAAGACUAUUCAAUUGCCGUCAGCUGGUAUCUCAAGGCAGCCUACGACGGAUAUGCUGUCGCUCAGAGCAACCUAGCCUACGUGUACCUUAAAGGUAAAGGGUGUUCGCAAGAUUAUUGUAGUGCUAUCGAGUGGUAUCUCAAGGCAGCCAACCAAGAAAAUGCCGCUGCCCAGAGCAAUCUAGGCUACAUAUACUAUUAUGGCAUAGGGGCUUCGCAGGAUUUUUCAAAAACCAUUUACUGGCUUCUCAAGGCAGCCAACCAAGGAAAUGCCAUCGCUCAGAGUAAUCUAGGCUACAUUUAUUCUCGUGGCAAAGGAGUUGAACAUGAUUAUUUAAUCGCCAUCGACUGGUAUCUCAAGGCGGCCAAUCAAGGGUAUGCCGCCGCUCAGAGUAACCUAGGGUACAUGUACUAUCAUGGUAUAGGCGCUUCACAGGACCAUUCGAAAGCCUAUAACUGGUUUCUCAAGGCAGCCGAUCAAGGAUGUGCUGAUGCUCAGCAUGCCAUUCGUUCUUUAUAUCAAACUGGAAAAGGAGCCCCUAAAGUCCAUGUUGAAACAUAGCAAUUAUAUUAAAAAACAAAACGGGAGACCAAAGUGAUGUUGGUGCCAAGUAAAAGUUAGUCCGUUCAAGCGCCAACCGCUCUUGAAUCUUUUGGAUCUGAAGUACCGCCAAGUAUGCCGCUUUUUAUAGUUAUUACAGAUCUCCAUUACCCAAUAUCGUUCACAUGUCUUUACGGUCAUUCCAACUACAAGAUUAAUAGGGCCAGAAAGCAACAAUAUCUCACGGAAGUCCCUUGGUUUCUUUUCUUUAAUUCCUCUGCCAUCUGCCCAAUUUGUGCAGUUCGCGUUUAUGUGCAUUCGAUGUUACAAUUUAUUCACUUGACAAAAUAAAC